AUGGUUCCUUCAACUACCACAACGGUUGCUCCAACCACCACAACUGUUGGUCCAACCACCACAACAGCUGCUCCAACCACCACAACCGUUGGUCCAACCACCACAACAGCUGCUCCAACCACCACAACAGUUGCUCCAACUACCACAACGGUUGCUCCAACCACCACAACCGUUGGUCCAACCACCACAACAGUUGCUCCAACCACCACAACGAUUCCUCCAACCACCACAACGGUUGCUUCAACCACCACAACAGUUGCUCCAACCACCACAACUGUUGGUCCAACCACCACAACCGCUGCUCCAACCACUACAACCGCUGCUCCAACCACCACAACCGCUGCUCCAACCACCACAACGGUCACUCCAACCUCCACAACCAUUGUUCCAACCACCACAACCGCUGUUCCAACCACUAUAACCGCUGCUCCAACCACCACAACAAUUGCUCCAACCACCACAACAGUUGCUCCAACCACCACAUCGGUUCCUUCAACCACCACAACGGUAGCUCCAACCACCACAACGGUUCCUCCAACCACCACAACGGUUGCUCCAACCACCACAACGGUUGCUCCAACCACCACAACCGUUGCUCCAACCACCACAACCGCUGCUCCAACCACCACAACCGCUGCUUCAACCACCACAACCGCUGCUCCAACCACCACAACCACUGCUCAAACCACCACAACAGUUGCUCUAACCACCACAACAGUUGCUCCAACCACCACAACGGUUCCUCCAACCACCACAACGGUUGCUCAAACCAGCACAACCGUUGCUCCAACCACCGCAACGGUUGUUCCAACCACCACAACCGUUUCUCCAACCACCACAACCGUUGCUCCAACCACCACAACGGUUGCUCCAACCACCACAACGGUUCCUCCAACCACCACAACGGUUGCUCCAACCACCACAACAGUUUCUCCAACCACCACAACAGUUGGUCCAACCACCACAACCGUGGGUCCAACCACCACAACCGUUGGUCCAACCACCACAACCGCUGCUCCAACCACUACAACCGCUGCUCCAACCACCACAACGGUUCCUCCAACCACCACAACGGUUCCUCCAACCACCACAACAGUUGCUCCAACCACCACAACUGUUGGUCCAACCACCACAACCGCUGUUCCAACCACCACAACCAUUGCUCCAACCAGCAAAAUUGUGGCUCCAACCACCACAACGGUUCCUCCAACCACCACAAUGGUUGCUCCAACCACCACAACAGUUGCUCCAACCACCACAACCGUUGGUCCAACCACCACAACAGCUGCUCCAACCACCACAACAGUUGCUCCAACCACCACAACCGCUGCUCCAACCACUACAACAGUUGCUCCAACCACCACAACGAUUCCUCCAACCACCACAACGGUUGCUCCAACCACCACAACAGUUGCUCCAACCACCACAACUGUUGGUCCAACCACCACAACCGCUGUUCCAACCACUACAACCGCUGCUCCAACCACCACAACCGCUGCUCCAACCACCACAACGGUCACUCCAACCUCCACAACCAUUGUUCCAACCACCACAACCGCUGCUCCAACCACUACAACCGCUGCUCCAACCACCACAACAGUUGCUCCAACCACCACAACGGUUCCUUCAACCACCACAACGGUAGCUCCAACCACCACAACGGUUCCUCCAACCACCACAACGGUUGCUCCAACCACCACAACGGUUGCUCCAACCACCACAACCGUUGCUCCAACCACCACAACCGUUGCUCCAACCACCACAACCGUUGCUCCAACCACCACAACCGUUGUUGCUCCAACCACCACAACAGUUGCUCCAACCACCACAAUGGUUCCUUCAACUACCACAACGGUUGCUCCAACCACCACAACCGUUGGUCCAACCACCACAACAGCUGCUCCAACCACCACAACCGCUGCUCCAACCACCACAACCGCUGCUCCAACCACCACAACAAUUGCUCCAACCACCACAACAGUUGCUCCAACCACCACAACGGUUCCUUCAACCACCACAACGGUAGCUCCAACCACCACAACGGUAGCUCCAACCACCACAACGGUUCCUCCAACCACCACAACGGUUGCUCCAACCACCACAACGGUUGCUCCAACCACCACAACCGUUGCUCCAACCACCACAACCGCUGCUUCAACCACCACAACCGCUGCUUCAACCACCACAACCGCUGCUCCAACCACCACAACCACUGCUCAAACCACCACAACAGUUGCUACAACCACCACAACGGUUCCUUCAACCACCACAACGGUUGCUCAAACCAGCACAACCGUUGCUCCAACCACCGCAACGGUUGUUCCAACCACCACAACCGUUUCUCCAACCACCACAACCGUUGCUCCAACCACCACAACGGUUGCUCCAACCACCACAACGGUUCCUCCAACCACCACAACGGUUGCUCCAACCACCACAACGGUUGCUCCAACCACCACAACAGUUUCUCCAACCACCACAACAGUUGGUCCAACCACCACAACCGUGGGUCCAACCACCACAACCGUUGGUCCAACCACCACAACCGCUGCUCCAACCACUACAACCGCUGCUCCAACCACCACAACGGUUCCUCCAACCACCACAACGGUUCCUCCAACCACCACAACGGUUGCUCCAACCACCACAACCGUUGCUCCAACCACCGCAACGGUUGUUCCAACCACCACAACCGUUUCUCCAACCACCACAACCGUUGCUCCAACCACCACAACUGUUGCUCCAACCACCACAACCGUUGAACCAACCACCACAACCAUUGCUCCCACCACCACAACCGUUGAUCCAACCACCACAACCGUUGCUCCAACCACCACAACCAUUCCUCCAACCACCACAACCGGUUCUCCAACCACCACAACCUUUGCGCCAACCACCACAACUGAUACCCCAACAACCAGAACAGUUGCUCCAACAACAAGCGAUGCUACAAAAACCUCAACCAAUACCCCAACAACUACAAAAGUUACUUUAACCACCACAACAGUUGCUCCAACCACCUCAACUGAUGCCCCAACAACCACAACCAUUGCUCCAACCACCACAACCAUUCCUCCAACCACCACAACCGGUUCUUCAACCACCACAACCUUUGCUCCAACCACCACAACUGAUACCCCAACAACCAGAACAGUUGCUCCAACAACAAGCGAUGCUACAAAAACCUCAACCAAUACCCCAAUAACUACAAAAGUUACUUCAACCACCACAUCCGGUGCUCCAACCACCACAACCUUUGCUCCAACCACCACAACUGAUACCCCAACAACUAGAACAGUUGCUCCAACAACAGCCGAUGCUACAAAAACCUCAACCACUACCCCAACAACUACAAAAGUUACUUUAACCACCACAACAGUUGCUCCAACCACCACAACCAUUGCUCCAACCAGCAAAAUUGUGGCUCCAACCACCACAACCUUUGCUCCAACCACCACAACUGAUACCCCAACAACCGGAACAGUUGCUCCAACAACAACUGAUGCUACACAAUCCUCAACCAAUGCUCCAACAACUACAAAAGUUACUUUAACCACCACAACAGUUGCUCCAACCACAACAACCAUUGCUCCAACCACCACAACCAUUUCUCCAACCACCACAACCGGUUCUCCACCCACCACAACCUUGGCUCCAACCACAACAACUGAUACCCCAACAACCAGAACAGUUGCUCCAACAACAACCGAUGCUACAAAAACCUCAACCAAUACCCCAACUACUACAACAGUUACUUUAACUGUUGCUCCAACAACCACAACCAUUGCUCCAACCACCACAACCGAUGCUCCACCCACCACAAAUGUUGCUCCAACUACCACAACAGUUACUUCAUCCACCACAUCCGGUGCUCCAACCACCACAACCUUUGCUCCAACCACCACAACUGAUACGCCAACAACCAGAACAGUUGCUCCAACAACAACCGAUGCUACAAAAACCUCAACCACUACCCCAACAACUACAAAAGUUACUUCUACCACCACAACUGGAGCUCCAACCACCACAACCGGUGCUCCAACUACCACAACCGGUGCUCCAACCACCACAAUCUUUGCUCCAACCACCACAACUGAUACCCCAACAACCAGAACAGUUGCUCCAACAACAACCGAUGCUACACAAUCCUCAACCAAUACCCCAACAACUACAAAAGUUAGUUUAACCACCACAACAGUUGCUCCAACCACAACAACCAGUGCUCCAACCACCACAACCAUUCCUCCAACCACCACAACCGGUUCUCCAACCACCACAACCUUUGCUCCAACCAUCACAACUAAUACCCCAACAACCAGAACAGUUGCUCCAGCAACAACUGAUGCUACACAAUCCUCAACUAAUACCCCAACAACUACAAAAGUUACUUUAACCACCACAACAGUUUCUCCAACAACCAUUGCUCCAACCACCACAACCGAUGCUCCACCCACCACAAAUGUUGCUCCAACCACCACAACAGUUACUUCAACCACCACAUCCAGUGCUCCAUUCACCACAACCUUUGCUCCAACCACCACAACUGAUACCCCAACAACCAGAAUCACUGCUCCAACAACAACCGAUGCAACAAAAACCACUACCCCAACAACUACAAAAGUUACUUUAACCACCACAACAGUUGCUCCAACCACCACAACCAUUGCUCCAACCACCACAACCAUUGCUCCAACCACCACAAUUGUUGCUCCAACCACCACAAUUGUUGCUCCAACCACCACAAUUGUUGCUCCAACCACCACAAUUGUUGCUCCAACCACCACAAUUGUUGCUCCAACCACCACAACCGUUGCUCCAACCACCACAACAGUUACUUCUACCACCACAACCUUUGCUCCAAUCACCACAACUGAUACCACAACAACCAGAACAGUUGCUCCAACAACAACUGAUGCUACAAAAACCUCAACCACUACCCCAACAACUACAAAAGUUACUUUAACCACCACAACAGUUGCUCCAACCACCACAACCAUUGCUCCAACCACCACAACCAUUGCUCCAACCACCACAAUUGUUGCUCCAACCACCACAACAGUUACUUCAACCACCACAACAGUUGCUCCAACCACCACAAUUGAUACUCAAACAACCACAACCGUUGCUCCAACCACCACAACUGAUACCCCAACAACCACAACCGUUGCAACAUCAACAACAACCAAUGCUACAAAAACCUCAACCAAUACCCCAACAACUACAAAAGUUACUUUAUCCACCACAACAGUUGCUCCAACCACGACAACCAUUGCUCCAACCACCACAACAGUUAUUUCAACCACCACAACCGGAACUCCAACCACCACAACCUUUGCUCCAACCACCACAACUGAUACCCCAACAACCAGAACCAUUGCUCCAACAACAACUGAUUCUACAAAAACCUCAACCAUUACACCAACAACUACAAAAGUUACUUUAUCCACCACAACAGUGGCUCCAACCACAACAACCGUUGCUCCAACCACCACAAUUGUUGCUCCAACCACCACAACAGUUACUUUAACCACCACAACCGGAGCUCCAACCACACCAAGCUUUGCUUCAACCAUAACAACUGAUACCCCAACAACCAGAACAGUUGCUCCAACAACCGAUGCUACAAAAACCUCAACCAAUACCCCAACAACUACAAAAGUUACUUUAACCACCACAACACUUGCUCCAACCACCACAAAAGUUACUCCAACCACCACAACAGUUACUUCAACCACCACAACAGUUGUUCCAACCACCACAACUGAUGCUCCACCCACAACAACUGUUGCUCCAACCACCACAAUAGUUACUGCAACCACCACAACAGGUGCUCCGACCACCACAACCUUUGCUCCAACCACCACAACUGAUACCCCAACAACCAGAACAGUUGCUUCAACAAACGAUGCUACAAAAACCUCAACUAAUACCCCAACAACUACAAAAGUUACUUUAACCACCACAACAGUUGCUCCAACCACCACAACCAUUGCUCCAAACACCACAACCAUUGCUCCAACCACCACAAUUGUUGCUCCAACCACCACAAUUGUUGCUCCAACCACCACAAUUGUUGCUCCAACCACCACAAUUGUUGCUCCAACCACCACAACCGUUGCUCCAACCACCACAACAGUUACUUCUACCACCACAACCUUUGCUCCAAUCACCACAACUGAUACCACAACAACCAGAACAGUUGCUCCAACAAAAACUGAUGCUACAAAAACCUCAACCAAUACCCCAACUACUACAAAAGUUACUUUAACCACCACAACCAUUGCUCCAACCACCACAAAUGUUGCUCCAACCACCACAAUAGUUACUUCAACCACCAAAUCCGGUGCUCCAACCACCACAAUCUUUGCUCCAACCACCACAACUGAUACCCCAACAACCAGAACCGUUGCUCCAACAACAACUGAUGCUACAAAAACGUCAACCACUACCCCAACAACUACAAAAGUUACUUUAACCACCACAACAGUUGCUCCGACCACCACAACCAUUGCUCCAACCACCACAACUGUUGCUCCAACAACCACAACAGUUACUUCAACCACCAAAACAGUUCCUUCAACCACCACAACCAUAUCUCCAACCACCACAACCAUUGCUCCAACCACCAGAACUGACACCCCAACAACCAGAAUCGUUGGUCCAACAACAACCGAUGCUACAAAAACCUCAACCAAUACCCCAUCAACUACAAAAGUUACUUUAACCACCACAACAGUUGCUCCAACCACGACAACCAUUGCUCCAACCACCACAACAGUUGCUCAAUCCACCACAUUAUUUGCUUCAACCACAACAACUGAUGCCCCAACAACCACAUCUGAUGUUUUUACCACAACAACCCGUGCCUUGUCCACCACAACUAAUGCUCUGACAACCCAAUCUGAUGCUAUUACCACAACAACUCAUGCUUUGACAGCCACAACCAAUGUUCUGACAACAACAACAGUUGCUCCAACAAACACAACUGAUUCUCAAACUACAACAGUUGCUUUGACCACAACCACCACAAGUGAUGCUCUUACAACUGCAACUAAUGUUCCAAACACUGCAAUGUCAAAAACUACAACACCAGUUCAAACAACCACAACCAGGGAACCCUCUACAUCCCAACUCCCAAUUACCAUAGCUAUGCAGAACACAACAGCAAUACUUACAAAACCCACAACAGAUGUUCCAACAACUACGACAAUAGUUCCAAAUCCCACACACAUCUCAGCAACCACUUCAGCUACAACUACAACUCCAAAUACCCCAAGAACAUUAACAACAACACAUCAAACAUCCACUAAUUAUGUACCAGCUACCACAAGUAUAGCACAGACCACAUCACCAAUUGAAAUUACCACAGCUAAUGCUCAAACUAGCAGAACUUUGGCACUUACCACAACACCACUUCCAACAACUAUAGCUGAUUCUCAAAUAAUCAUAACUACUGCGUCACCAACAACAGUUGAAACAACCACCGUUAUUGCUCCAACAAUUGCAACUACAACAAAAACUUACAAAACCAUGACCCUGACAACUGCAACUGUCUCUCCAACAACCACAACCUUUGGUCAAACAACAACAACUAUCACUCCAAUACCUACAGUUACAGCACCAACCACAACAACACUUCUAACAAGCACAACAGUUACUCCAACAAGCACAACAACAUCAUCAACUGCAACCCGUACAACAACUGUUCCAGUAAGAACAACUUCAGCAAUUACCAAAACUAUUGGUACAGUUUCUACAUCUUCAACAACAACAACAAAUCCUGAAAAAACUACAACAGCUGUUUCAAGAAGUACAACUAUAGUCUCACGUCAAACAACCACAACUUUUGCUCCGAAAAGUACAACUGCCUCUGCAACAGACACACUUUCUGCAACAACUACAGUUACAGCAGCAACAGCAAAAACAACACGUCCAACAAACACAACUGUUCCUUUAACAAGCACAACACUAAUUCCAAAAAUUACAACUUCUGAUCAGGCAAGCACAACUGUCUUGGCAAAAGGCACAACAUUUGGUCAAACCUCAAUAAUCAUUACUUCAUCAAAUACAGCUACAGCACCAACCACAACAAACACAACUGUUUCUCCAACAAGCACAACUUUUUCUGUAACAGACACAACCUUUAGUCAAACAUCAACAACUCUCGCUUCAUCAACUACAGCUACAGCACCAACCAUAACAACACUUCCAACAAAGACAACUGUUGCUUCAACCAACACAUCUGUCUCUGCAACAGGUACAACCUUUGGUGAAACAUCAACAACUCUCACUUCAUCCACUACAGCUACAGCACCAACCACAACAACACUUCCAACAAACACAACUGUUGCUUCAACUAGCACAACUGUUUCUGCAACUGGCACAACCUUUGGUGAAACAUCAACAACUCUCGCUUCAUCAGCUACAGCACCAACCACAACAACACUUCCAACAAACACAAAUGUUGCUUCAACCAACACAUCUGUCUCUGCAACAGGCACAACCUUUGGUGAAACAUCAACAACUCUCGCUUCAUCAAGUACAGCUACAGCUCCAAGCAUAACAACAAUUCAAACAAACACAACUGUUGCUUCAACCAUCACAACUGUCUCUGCAACAGGCACAACCUUUGGACAAACAUCAACAACUCUUGCUUCAUCAACCACAGCUACAGCACCAACCACAACAAACGCAACUGUUGUUCCAUCCAGCACACCUGUCUCAGCAACAGGUACAACCUUUGAUCAAACAUCAACAAUUCUUGCUGCUUCAAGUACAUUGGCUGCUCCAAGCACAAUAAACACAACUGUUGUUCCAUCCAGCACACCUGUCUCAGCAACAGGUACAACCUUUGAGCAAACAUCAAAAACUCUUGCUUCAUCAUCUACAGCUACAGCACAAACCACAACAAACACAGCUGUUGCUCCAGCCAGCACAUCUGUCUCUGCAACAGGCACAACCUUUGGGCAAACAUCAGCACCUCUUGCUUCAUUAACUACAGCUACAGCACCAACCACAAGAGACACAACUUUUGCUCCAGUCAGCACAACUGUCUCUGCAACAGGCACAACCUUUGGUCAAACAUCAACAAUUCUAACUUCAUCAACUACAGCUACAGCACCAACCUCAACAAAGACAACUGUCGUUCGAGCCAGCACACCUGUCUCUGCAACAGGCACAAUCUUUGAUCAAACAUCAACAAUUCUUGUUGCUUCAAGUACAACUGCAGUUUCAAGCACAAUAACACUUCCAACAAACAUUACUGUUGAUUCAACCAGCACAACUGUCUCUGCAACAGGCCCAACCUUUAGUCAAACAUCAACAAUUCUUGCAGCUUCAAGUACAACUGCAACUUCAAGCACAACAAACACAACUGUUGCUCCAGCCAGCACAACUGUCUCUGUAACAAGCACAACCUUUGGUCAAACAUCAACAAUUCUCACUUUAUCAAAUACAGCUACAGCACCAACCACAACAAACACAUCUGUUGCUCUAACAAGCACAACAACAAAUCCAAAAAACACAUCUGAUUCAACCAGCACAACUGUAUCAGCAACAGGCACAACUUUUAAUCAAACAUCAACCACUCUCGCUUCAUCAAUUACAGCACCAUCAACAACAAACACAACUGUUGCUCCAACAAGCACAACAACAAUUCCAAAAACCACAGCUGCUGUUACAAUAACUACACCUGUCUCUGUAACAGGCACAACCUUUGGUCAAACAUCAACAAUUCUCACUUCAUCAAAUACAGCUACAGCACCAACCACAACAAACACAUCUGUUGCUCUAACAAGCAAAACAACAAAUCCAAAAAACACAUCUGAUUCAACCAGCACAACUGUAUCAGCAACAGGCACAACUUUUGAUCAAACAUCAACCACUCUCGCUUUAUCAAUUACAGCACCAUCAACAACAAACACAACUGUUGCUCCAACAAGCACAACAACAAUUCCGAAAACCACAGCUGCUGUUACAAUAACUACACCUGUCUCUGCAACAGGCACAACCUUUGGUCAAACAUCAACAAUUCUCACUUCAUCAAAUACAGCACCAACCACAACAAACACAUAUGUUGCUCUAACAAGCACAACAGCAAAUCCAAAAAACACAUCUGAUUCAACCAGCACAACUGUAUCAGCAACAGGCACAACUUUUGGUCAAACAUCAACCACUCUUGCUUCACCAAUUACAGCACCAUCAACAACAAACACAACUGUUGCUCCAACAAGCACAACAACAAUUCCAAAAAACACAGCUGCUGCUACAAUAACUACACCUGCCUCUGCAACAGGCACAACCUUUGGACAAACAUCAACAAUGCUUGCUGCUUCAAGUACAGCUGCAGCUCCAAGCACAACAAACACAACUGUUGCUCCAUCCGGCACAACAACAAAUCCAAAAAACACAUCUGAUUCAACAAGCACAACUGUUACUGCAACAGGCCAAACCUUUGGUCAAACAUCAACAACUCUCACUUUAACAGCUACAGCUACAGCACCAAGCAAAACAACACUUUCAACAAACACAACUGUUGCUUCAUCCAGCAGAACUGUCUCUGCAACAGGUGCAACCUUUGGUCAAGCAUCAACAAUGAUCGCUGCUUCAAGUACACCUGCAGCUCCAAACACAACAAACACAAAUGUUUCUCCAUCUGGCACAACAACAAAUGCAAAGAACACAUCUGAUUCAACAAGCACAACUGUUACUGCAACAGGCCAAACCUUUGGUCAAACACCAACAACUCUCACUUUAACAGCUACAGCACCAAGCAAAACAACACUUUCAACAAACACAACUGUUGCCCCAUCCAGCACAACUGUCUCUGCAACAGGCCCAACAUUUGGUCAAAAAACAACAAUGAUCGCUGCUUCAAGUAAAGCUGCAGUUCCAAGCACAACAAACACAACUGUUGCUCCAUCCGGCACAACAACAAUUCAAAAAAAUAUAUCUGAUUCAACCAGCACAACUGUCUCUAUAACAAGCAGAACCUUUGGGGAAACAUCAGCAACUCUCACUACAUCAACUACAGCACCAACCACAACAAAUACAACUGUUGCUUCAACAAGCAAAAAUGUAUUUGCAACAAGCACAACCUUUGAUCAAACAUCAACAAUUCUCCCUUCAUCAACUACAACCUCAGGUUUAAGCACAACAACUCUCCCAACAAACACAUCUGUUGCUCCAGCCAGCACAUCUUUCUCUGCAACAGACACAACCUUUGGUCAAACAUCAUCAGUCCUUGCUUCUUCAAGUACAGCUGCAGCUCAAAGCACAACAAACACCACUGUUGUUCCAGCCAACACAACUGCUUCUGCAACAGGCACAACUUUUGCUGAAACAUCAACAAUUCCUACUUCAUCAUCUACAGCUACAACACCAACCACAACUGUUGCUUCAACCAGCACAAAUGUCUCUGCAACAAGCACAACCUUUGGUGAAACAUCAACAAUUCUCCAUUCAUCAACUACAGCUGAAGCCCCAAACACAACAACACUCCCAACAAACACAACUGUUGCUUCAGCCAGCACAUCUGUCUCUGCAACAGGCACAACCUUUGGUCAAACAUCAUCAAUUCUCGCUGCUUCAAGUACAGCUUCAACAUCAACCACAACAAACACAGCUGUUGCUCCAACAAGCACAACAACAAAUCCAAAAAAUACAUCUGAUUCAAUAAGCACAACUUUCUCAACAACAGGCACAACUUUUAGUGAAACAUCAACAAAUACCACUUUAACAGCUACAGCUACAGAACCAAACACAACAACACUUCCAACAAAGACAACUGUUGCUCCAUCCAGCACAACUGUCUCUGCAACAGGCGCUACCUUUGGUCAAGUAUCAACAACUCUCGUUUCAUCAAUUACAGCUACAGCGCCAACCACAACAAACACAACUGUUACUCCAACAAGCACAACAACCAAUGCAAAAAACACAUCUGAUUCAACAAGCACAACUCUCUCAGCAACAGGCCCUACCUUUGGUCAAACAUCAACAAUUCCUGCUUCCUCAAUUACAGCUGCAGCUCAAAGCACAACAAACACAACUUUUGUUCCAGCCAACACAACUGCUUCUGCAAAAGGCACAACUUAUGGUGAAACAUCAACAAUUCUUACUUCAUCAUCUACAGCUACAGCACCAACCACAACAACACUUCUAACUGAACAAAGUGUUGCUUCCACAACUACAACUAUGGUGUUCACAUCCAGAACACCUAUUGAAACUGGUUCAGCAGAAGUGACAAGUAAACUGCUGUUCAACUCUUCAUCUCCAGUCCCCAGUGAAGCACUCGUGCUUAGUGCUAUCAACAUUCUCCUGGAAUCCAGAGUUUCACAAUUCAACAAAUUAGUCAAGCUGGUGAAUGUCAGUUAUGAGAAAAUCUCGGACACCUCCUAUGCAGUCUUCUUUACAUUUACCUUGAGUGACAUCAGCAUGCCAGAAGACCCAGAGCUUAGAAACAACACUAACAAGCAAGUUCAGGACAUGAUCAAUGAUGCGCUGAACACUCUUCUCAAUGAUGCAAACAGUGUGAAGUUUGAACCCAACUCAUCCAACUUCACAAGCACAUCAGAUCAAAUCUUUGGCUAUAUGGAUUACACCUUCCAAGAUGGAGAUGAGAUACAACCUGUCAGCUUUCUAAAUGAGCUUCGUAAACUGAUGGGUCUGAGCACUACAACAACGUCUCCACUGUCAACAAGUAGCUUCCCUGUGACGUCUUUCCAGCAAAUAUCUGGAUCAGCAGAGGUGACCAGCAAACUGGUGUUCAACUCCUUAUCUCCGGUCCCCAGUGAAGCUUUGGUGCUCAGUGCUAUCAACAUUCUUCUAGAAUCCAGAGUUUCACAACUGAAAGAAACAGUCAAGCUGGUGAAUGUCAGCUAUGAAAAAAUCUCUGACACCUCCUAUGCAGUCUUCUUUACAUUUACCUUGAGUAACGUCAGCAUGCCAGAAGACCCAGAGCUUAGAAACAAAACUUACAAGCAAGUUCAGGACAUGAUCAAUGAUGCGCUGAACACUCUUCUCAAUGAUCCAAACAGUGUGAAAUUUGAACCCAACUCAUCCAACUUCACAAGCACAACAGAUCAAAUCUUUGGCAAUAUGGAUUACACCUUCCAAGAUGGAGAUGAGAUACAACCUGUCAGCUUUCUCAAUGAGCUUCGUAAACUGAUGGGUCUGAGCACUACAACAACGUCUCCACUGUCAACAAGUAGCUUCCCUGUGACGUCUUUCCAGCAAAUAUCUGGAUCAGCAGAGGUGACCAGCAAACUGGUGUUCAACUCCUUAUCUCCAGUCCCCAGUGAAGCUUUGGUGCUCAGCGCUAUUAACAUUCUUCUAGAAUCCAGAGUUUCACAACUGAAAGAAACAGUCAAGCUGGUGAAUGUCAGCUAUGAAAAAAUCUCGGACACCUCCUAUACAGUCUUCUUUACAUUUACCUUGAGUAACAUCAGCAUGCCAGAAGACCCAGAGCUUAAAAACAACACUUACAAGCAAGUGCAGGACAUGAUCAAUGAGGCGCUGAACACUCUUCUGAAUGAUCCAAACAGUGUAAAGUUUAACCCCAGCUCCUCCAACUUCACGAGCACAUCAGAUCAAAUCUUUGGCAAUAUGGAUUACACCUUCCAAGAUGGAGAUGAGAUACAACCUGUCAGCUUCCUCAAUGAGCUUCGUAAACUGAUGGGACUGAGCACUACAACAACGACUCCACUGUCAACAAGUAGCUUCCCUGUGACGUCUUUCCAGCAAAUAUCUGGAUCAGCAGAGGUGACAAGCAAACUGGUGUUCAACUCCUCAUCUCCAAUCCCCAGUGAAGCUUUGGUGCUCAGUGCUAUCAACAUUCUCCUGGAAUCCAGAGUUUCAGAACUGAAAGAAACAGUCAAGCUGAUGAAUGUCAGCUAUGAAAAAAUCUCGGACACCUCCUAUGCAGUCUUCUUUACAUUUACCUUGAGUAACAUCAGCAUGCCAGAAGACCCAGAGCUUAAAAACAACACUUACAAGCAAGUGCAGGACAUGAUCAAUGAGGCGCUGAACACUCUUCUGAAUGAUCCAAACAGUGUGAAGUUUUACCCCAGCUCCUCCAACUUCACGUAA